GUAAGAUACCAGCAGCACAGACAGAUAGCCAUGUACACUGGGAGAACAGAGGCUCUGCUGUGAGGAGUAUGAGCAUCUUAACAGAGCAGGUCUGCUGACACUGUUGUUCUGAGUCUGAGCAGAGUGCUUGAAGCUGUGGAUACUGCUCAACCACCAUCAGCCCGACUUGCAAAAUGUCUGACUUUGAAGAUUUCAGCAAGCCAGGGGCGCAGGCGAAUGUGUCUGAAAGCUACCAGCUGAACCCCACCAGCGUGAUUGUGUCAGUGGUCUUCUCCCUGAUCUUCCUUCUGGGCACCAUCGGCAACAGCCUGGUCCUCGCCGUGCUUCUGCGGAGCGGCCAGCUCGGAUACAACACCACCAAUCUGUUCAUACUCAACCUGAGCGUGGCCGACUUCUUCUUCAUCAUCUUCUGCGUUCCUUUCCAGGCCACCAUCUACUCUUUGGAAGGCUGGGUGUUUGGCUCCUUCAUGUGCAAAGUGGUCCACUUCUUCAUCAACCUCACCAUGUAUGCCAGCAGCUUCACGCUCGCCGCCGUUUCUGUUGACAGGUAUCUGGCCAUUCGUUACCCACUACGCUCCAGAGAGCUAAGGACCCCUCGUAACGCAGUGGUUGCCAUGGUGAUCAUCUGGGGUCUUUCUCUAGUCUUUGCCGGUCCCUAUCUCAGCUACUAUGACCUGAUUGAUUACGACAACAGCACUGUGUGCAUCCCCGGCUGGGAGGAGCAGAACCGGAAGGUGUUGGACACGUGCACCUUCCUGUUCGGCUACGUCAUCCCCGUGCUGAUCGUGAGUCUAUCCUACACCCGAACCAUCAAGUACCUGUGGACGGCUGUCGACCCUCUGGACGGCAUGUCAGAAUCCAAAAGGGCCAAACGCAAAGUCACCAAAAUGAUCAUCAUUGUCACUGUGCUUUUCUGCAUAUGCUGGCUGCCAUACCACGUGGUGAUCUUGUGCUACCUGUAUGGAGACUUCCCUUUCAAUCAGACCACCUAUGCCUUCAGGCUUCUAUCUCACUGCAUGGCCUACGCCAACUCUUGUGUCAACCCCAUUGUGUACGCGCUGGUGUCCAAGCAUUUCCGCAAAGGCUUCAAGAAAGUGUUCAGCUGCAUCCUCAGUAAAAAUGGCAGGAAUAAGGUUCAUGUGGUUCACGUAGCCAACACUGUGCCUGGGUUUGAAGCAGGAUCCACAGAGGUGUCCCACAUGAACGAGGAGAACAUUCGACAGAACGAGUGUGAGAUGAUUAACAGGCCGGUGGCAGAGCCGAGGGAAGCCACGGUGACACUAAAUCUGCCAUUUCAGCGGCAGACUUGACAAGUGAUUCAGCUUUUCGGUACAGCUUGCCUUAUGUGAAAGACAUUUCAGCUAAUGUUUAAAAAAAAAGUGCAAACUCCUUAUCACCACAUUCACAUGCACAAACAUAUUUACACAAAGUAUUAACUGUAUAGAAUGAGUCUACAGCCAAAAAUGUGAUUGUGUUUUUGUCAGAUACUACUUACAAUGUUCCAGUAACUCAGCCAGAAAGGUUUACGUUUACUAAAAAUGAAAGAUUCUCAGUAUUUCCUGUUUCCACCGUUUGCCUUAACCAUGGCUUGCACUUUCAGUUUGUUUCUUUUUCUUCUUCCGUAUUUGAAAAUCUACAUUAUUACAGCACUUUCUAAAGAGCAGCACAGAAUGUGUCUCAUAAUGUUACAGUAUGUUCCACCUUUUUGAAACGGUCCCGCGGAUUGGCUGGUCACUGCGGGGUGAAAUUCGUGUAAACCAGCCGCCGUUCGCUCUUCGCCUCAAACAGGGUAAAGUCAUAACGCUCUGAAACAAAGACAUUCCUCUGCAAAGUGGUUCCCCUGUUGAUGUGAAGUCCAUCCUCUGCCCGUCGACACCACGGCAGCAUUUCCGACCCCAUGUUUGACUGUAUGCUCUGCUACGCACAUCUCUCGUAGGGUCUUUUCCUCGCAUAAACUCAACCGCAGCUUCAAUCUCGAAAGACUCUAUUUGAAAGCGUGAAUCUGUUGUAGAUUUUUCUAAGUAGAGCAGGAUGUAAUUUGAUUUGUUUCCUUUUGUAUCUUGCAUGCAGAUGCUGUUCUGUCUGGUCAAGAUAUUACUGUUAUAACUAGUACAUAUUAAUUAUAUAUGUUAGAACAUUAAAAACCAACUGUGAAACACUACAAACAUGAUAUUCAGUUAUAUUUGAGUUUCAAACCAGCAUUUAAAAUCUCAAAUUUUGCAUUAAUAUCUGGUGUAAGAAGCUGAAGGUUCAGGUGUCAAAAGUUAUAAACUUAGUAAAAAGAAAAGAAUUAACAUUUCAUAAAUGUUAAAAGCAAAGGGUACUCAAUAGAAGUCCAAAAUCUUUGGACUCAACGGCAAAACAUGUCCUUGCUUUACUUGUAUUUUGCAAAGACUGUGUGCAUGCUUGCUUGGUGUAAACUACUCAGUAUUAAUUAAUACGUUUGUUAUGAGUGCACUUAGACAUUUACGAGUUCUGUGUUUUAAAUUGUGUCAAUUUUGUGUAUUUAAAGUUCUGAACGAAAUACGCCGAUUUGUUUCGAUCUUUUCUCCAGAUGAAAACAGAUGGAGAGACAGAUUCACUCUGUCUCUCUCGCUCUGUUUCGCUGUAAGCUUGUGUCCUACCUCAGAGCUGUAAAAAGAAAAAAAAAUCCUCUUAUUUGUGUUCCAUUCAGAUUGCGUAAGAUGCAAUUUUCCCCCUCAGAGAAUAAUUUCUGAACAGAUCAUUUUCCUUUGCACUGACCAAUUUUCGUCCAGUGUCUCUACUGUGAUUUUCUUAGCAUCUCUGGUAAAUACUGAAGUGUCUCUCUGUUUAUUCUGCUAGAUAAUAUUUUCAAACACAACAGCCUGUAGAGUUUAAGAAAACAUUAUAUAUUUAAAUAGAUAUUCAUCAAAAUGUUUUAAAACAAAAUGUACUUGAAUGACCAAAUAAAAUAUUUUCUGCUGUGAGGGUUUUAGUGCAGGUUUUAUUUCAAUUCACAAUGGGCAUAAAUGUGAACAGAAAUAAACUGUAACACACCAAAUUAUCUAUGAUCAAACAUAAGCUACUGCUCCAAUAACUGUCCAGAAAGGGGACGGAAUUAAUGCUGUCUUGUAGAUUAAUAAAGGAACCUAUUAACUUCUAAUAAAGGCAAUUUGAAGGUAUUUUCAGACCUUCUGUGUAUUCUCCAUCAUGUUUCAUUAACUGUUUGCUCUGCUUUAUUGUCACUGCACCACAGGACAC